AGUACAAUGUACUUAUUUUAAGAUUAAGUCUAUGGCUUGUUGUUUCUGGGGUUUAAACAUAACAACGCAUGUGACGAUAUUAUUUUGGAAAUACCGACCGGAUGUUGUAGCUUUAUCAUUGUUGGUCACUUGAACAACUCUAUCUUACACACAAAAUCAGUUUGUUUGUUCGUAAAUUAAACGAAAUUGUGUAAUAAAUGGGAAGAUAUAAAUGUGCUUACAACUGCGAAAACUCCAGCGAGUCAGAUGUGAAGUAUUUUAAGUUUCCUUUGUACAAUCCCCGAAAACUCAAGAAAUGGCUUAUCAACAUGAAGUGGAAGGACUGGACUCCAUCUCGCUUCUCUGCGCUGUGCAUCAAUCAUUUCGAAGAACAAUGCAUUGAUAGAACAGGCAAAUGUGUGAAACUUCGAGAAGAUGCAGUUCCCACCAUAUUUGCAUCCCCUGGCGAUGUACAGAAAAGAAAGCCUUCCAGCAACCCAAGAAGUAAAAUAUACAAGGCACCUGAUGUUAAAGGCUCAAAGGUGAUUCCAGCCCAGUCUCAAACAACCACUCCUGCCACGACAAAGAGAAGAGUCCAGAACAAAGAACCCAGACAGACAGAGGAAGAGCCUGCUGGAGACAAAGACCCAAAGAAGUCAAAUGACAAAUGGAGGAUUAUAAUAGAUGAAGGGCUCAUGAAGAUAAAUUCCUUUCCACAUUUUUUCCAUGGAGAUUACUGUGUACCACGGGAUAUUCAGUGGGCUCCGGAUGAUAACUUGAGUACGGACUGUGAAGAUCCGGAAAAGGUGAUAGAGGUGAACGAGCCGUGGCAGUGGCUUGGCCUGGACGUCAGAGGACCACUGCCUCAAACACUGAACGGACACAAAUACAUCUUGACUGUGACAGACUACUACUCCAAGUGGGUGGAAGCUGUGCCUAUGCAGUCGUGUCUCCCUCCAGAUGUGGCGAAGCAGAUUGUGGACAUCAUUGCCCACUUUGGAUACCCAUUAAGCAUCCUCUCUAGACUGCCUCAUGACAUAGUCCACAAAAUCAACAGAGAACUGAAAGAUCAGCUGAAGGUCACCGUCACGCUUGUCGUCUAUCACCAGCAGACGGGCACCUUGGAUUUGAUCACACAACAGCUGAUUGACAGGAUGGUAAGUGAUGUAAUAGAGGAUCAUGCAGCUGACUGGGAUGUCUACUUGCCUGCCAAGGUAUUCAGUCUGUGUUUCAAAGAGCACUCAAAGACUAAGAAAAGGCCAUUUUCAGUCCUGUGCUGUAAGGGCCCGGAGCCCAUCCAAGCGCCCAGAGAACUGAAUUAUGCUUAUUCCAAGAUCCGAGAGGGUGCUUUCGUGGUAAAAUAGAUAUUUCAAGUGUAUUUGGUCAAUUGAUGUGGAAGUGAACUGGGCUUGGUUUUAUUAACAAACCAGUAUUUUUCGGUCAUGGGAAGUAUGGAAGGAUUUCAUG